AUUUUGCUUUCUGGCAUUCUUGUAGUUAAAAGCUCCGCCUCACUUGGCAGUCUGGUCCACAUCUCCCGCCAGGCUUCCGGUCUCUACACCUCCAGGCGAACGUCAGUGACAACAUAAGCAAGUACGCGUGCGGUGAAGGCAAGGAUUGCUCUAAGAGCCAGAGGAGGCCCGCGGGGACCCCGACGUCCCAUGAGGCCUUGACCCAAGAUGGCGGACAAAACCCUUAGCGCAGCCUUGCUCAGAGACGCAUGUGCGCAUGCCCGGUCGACUGAGCUGCCCUGAUCCAAGAUGGCGGCCGGACCGGGGCUGGGGACGGGCUUAGCGCGUUACUGAGCAUGCUCAGUCUUCCGUCACUUGCGUCAGGUCGGCAGCCGGCGCAGGCCGCUCAGUCCUUCCCGGAGAGGCGGGAACAUGAGCCACAUAUAGACAGAAGACAAUGUCUGGGAGCUUCUACUUCGUAAUUGUUGGCCACCAUGAUAAUCCGGUUUUUGAAAUGGAAUUUUUGCCAGCUGGGAAAGCAGAAUCUAAAGAUGAACACCGUCAUCUGAACCAGUUCAUAGCUCAUGCUGCUCUGGACCUCGUCGACGAAAACAUGUGGCUCUCCAACAACAUGUACUUAAAAACUGUGGACAAAUUCAAUGAGUGGUUCGUCUCGGCGUUCGUCACGGCUGGGCACAUGCGGCUCAUCAUGCUGCAUGACGUGAGGCACGAGGAUGGCAUCAAGAACUUCUUCACUGACGUCUACGACUUAUACAUCAAAUUUGCCAUGAAUCCCUUUUAUGAACCCAAUUCUCCUAUUCGAUCGAGUGCAUUCGAAAGAAAAGUUCAGUUUCUUGGGAAGAAACAUCUUUUAAACUAAAUGCAGAAAAACUUCAGAAUCACAGUGGGGUGUGCUCAGCAGUGGAUGUAUUGUAAAUUACUUGAUAAAGUAGCCUAGCAAACUCUUUAUGUCUCAGCUUACCUGUAUAUCAUGAAAUUUCUCUUCUAUUUAAAAAUCUCAUCUUUUCAUGUUAUCACUACUAGUAGUUACCUGUGAACAAUUAUCACUAAUUUAAUAUUUUAUUUCAAAAUCAAUAAGCCUAUAACUUUUUGAUUAAGAGAAUUAAAAAAUCUUAGAUUCCUUUUA